AGUUCAAGAAACCUGUCCCAUUGAUUUGUUUCUAAUUCCGUUCUCACAAGCGAAAAUAUAAACCACAUUUGCUUUCUCUUCUUUUUUUUUCUCAAUUUAGGCGACGUUGCCGAUCCACGAAAAGGCGCCACAUUGACACAAGUCGGCAAGAAGCACCCACCUCGGUCGAUUGCCCAUCAUGUACCGCGCCCACAGCAAGGACAUCAACCGAAACAAGAGUUUCCACCCUCUCACCUAUGGCAACCUUCGUCGCGUCGAGUUGCUGAAGGAGGGCGAUGAGGAGAAGAAGCAACGCGCGGCGGAGCGGCAGAAGGAACUCCAGCAUGACCAGGAGGAGCGCCGCUACGACGAACUCGCGCUCGCCAACUCGGCCGACUCCCUGAGCGGCGAACUGGCCCGCUUCCGGCAGACCAAAAACAUCUUCAAGGCCGAAUACGAGGCGGAGUCUGCGAAGCGGCAACACGAAAUAAAAAACGAGACAGGAACAUAUGCUAGCACUGUCACGUCAUCGUCUGCGUUGUCUUCGAGUCCGUUUGCCGCGUUCGGUAACGCCUUUCUCAGUAAGUUCAAGAAAGAGGGUCACGCACACGAGUCGUCCGCCUCGGCCGACGCUUCACUGGAUGCGGUCAAAACUGAAGUCAAGGCCGAACCCUCCGACGAGUCAGCGUCGUCUGGCGUCGCGCAUCGCAAGCGACAACGCGAGGACGAUAGUGAGGAAGGCAGCAGCGAAUUAAAGAGCAGCGGUGUCACGACGGGGUUUGUUACGAGCGCGGAAGCUGCGCAGCUGCGUAAGGAGCUGAACCUGGCGCAGAAGCAGCGGCACGAUCCUCUCCUGCGAGUACGGCAAUACCAAAACAGCUGUGUGGCUACAGCUGCACGGGAACAGCAGCAACAGCACACACACCAGCAGCGGGAUAGCACUGCCAAGGACAACAGCGAAGCGCUGCAAAGCCGCAUUCGUGAGCUUCUCGCACGCAAGAAGGAGAAAUAG